AAUACCAACGAUAAAUACUCGAGCGUGAUGAUCGUAGCGGUAGUUGCAUGCGUUAUCCUACAACUUAUAAGAAUCGGCAUUGUAGCAUCGGCAGCUUACAUCUUUAAUGAAAAGAUUAAAUAGCAUAAUUAUGAUAGAUAUCGUCUUUUUGGUAUCGGGCACUCUGUGCCUUAUCGGAAUAAUUACAAUUGCAUCGAUGUUGUAUCAUGAUUAUAUUACACGGCGAAAAUUAAACAACAUUCCCAGAUCCGCAUCGUAUCCUCUUAUUGGUCAUUCAAUUAUGUUAAUACGGAUGACGGAUGAAGAACGCUCGUUAUGGUAUCUGACAAAUUUAGACAGAUUCAAAAACGGAAUAUUCGUAAUGCUUAUUGGCCUUAAACCGAUUAUUCACAUUUACAAGCCUGAAUUUUUAGAGAUCAUUUUACCUAGUACGACUAAUAUCGAAAAAGGGACCCCAUAUGAAUUCUUAAGACCUUGGUUGGGCUACGGUCUUCUCACUUCCACAGGAAAACAGUGGUUUCAUGAUAGAAGACUUAUCGGGCCAACGUUCCAUUUCAACAUACUGGAUCAAUUUUCAACAAUAUUGUCUGAAAAGGCAGAAAUUUUAACAAAAUGUUUUGAAAAAAAAAUAAAAGAAUGUUCAGGAAAGGCUAUCGACAUUUUUCCUUUUAUUGUCAAUGCUGCUAUGGAUAUUAUAUGCGAAACGGCGAUGGGCGUGAAUGUACAUGCACAGGAAUCUGUAAGCAAAUAUACUAUGGCAGUGCAUAGAUCAAGCCAAAUGACAAUGAAUCGACUAUUGAAACCGUGGUAUCACAUUGAUUGGCUAUACUAUUCAAUGCCUGUUGGGAAAGAAUAUAAAGCAAUGCUUAAUAUAUUGCACGAAUUUACGAAAGAGGUGAUAAGCAAAAAGAAAAUUGCACGGCAAUCGAGAAACGACUACACCGAAGUAAAAACCGAAGUAAACGAACAUAAUAUAGAUGAACGAAAAAGGAAAGUCUUUCUAGAUUUAUUAUUGGAUCAGAAUGAGAAGGACGAAUCUCCGUUAACUGAAGACGAAUUGCGGGCGCAAGUUGACACCUUCAUGUUCGAGGGUCACGACACAACCGCGGUUGCAAUAACCUGGGCACUCUUUUGUUUGGGUAAUAAUCUCGAGCAUCAAGAGAAAGUCCAUCAGGAACUUGAAGAAGUUUUCAAAGAUUCGCAGAGGCCAGCCAGUAUGAAGGAGUUAUCGCAAUUGAAAUAUCUCGACAGAGUUAUAAAGGAAACACUCAGAUUAUAUCCAAGUGUACCUGCAAUAACAAGAAAAUUAAUAGAAACUGUUAAAUUGGGUGAUGAUACCAUUCCAGAAGGUACUACGAUCGCCAUAUCAAUUUUACUGACACAUCGUAACGCAAAUGUUUGGCCGGACCCAAUGAAGUUCGAUCCGGAUCGAUUUCUCCCGGAAAACUCGAAAUAUAGAAGCCCAUACGCAUAUAUUCCAUUCAGCGCUGGACCAAGAAAUUGCAUCGGCCAAAGAUUCGCUCAGCUCGAAGAAAAAAUUGUGUUAACGGCUAUUCUAAGAAAAUGGAGGGUGAAAAGUGUAGACAUUAACAUUCCAUUCAGCUUCUCUCUCAUUUUGCGACCGUUACAAGAGGUUUUUAUUUAUUUCACAUCGAAGAAAUAACUCGACUUUGUCUUAAAGGUCAAAAUCGAGUGGCAAUAGCAAUAGCAGUAGCAAUAGUAAUAGCAAUAGUAAUAUCAUAUUAUUGCUGUUGUUGUUAUUGUGUUAUUGUUGUUGUUGUUGUUGUUUUCAAGAGGGAAGUAGGUAUCAUGUGGCAGACCGACCUGAUAGAUCUUUUGUAACUUUCUUUUAUAAGUACUUUAGAAUAAAUUUAAGCUAUUAAUAAACUUCAAAAUAACCCAAGAAUGCGUUUCUCUAUUAUUGUGUCAGGCGUUACAACUGCUUUGACGAUAUCGAUAUAAUACUAUGUGUAUUAUGAUUUCCCGGUAAUUUACAAUGAAUUUAGCAAUACAAUAAAUAAUAUCUAGGAAAGAGAUAUAUGUAUACGAUAUAUUGAUGAGUAUGAAAAAAAGCUUUGUAACAAGAAGAGAAAUUGUAGCGUAUCUUAAUGAAUAAAGUCAUAUCUUUUAUAUCAGAA